CAGUAUAUUCGCGGAAUAUCUUGCAAUUGAGACGGUAUAUUUUGGUAUAUUUCUGAGGGUCGUCACAAUUCAUGAACAAAAAGGAAGUUAAAACAGAUUUUCUAAUCUGUUUAAUCUAAAAAAGGAUACCAAUUAGAUGGCCAUACAAUGAGUCGCGAUGAUCACAUGAAAUGGUUUCACGCAAAUUUAUCUCGCGAGGCAGCUGACGAUCUGUUGAGACAAGGUUACGAGGAUGGUACAUUUCUGGUGAGGGAGAGCAGCACAGCAGCUGGCGAUUUUGUGCUGAGCAUACUCUGCCAGGAGGAGGUGUGCCAUUAUCAGGUUCGACGCCAUGGGGAGGAUGCCUUCUUCUCUAUCGAUGAUGAGAUGCAGACAAAGAUACUCCACGGGCUGGAGACUUUGGUGGACUACUAUCAGCAGGGGGCGAAUGGUCUGCCCACGAAGCUGACGGUUCCGCUGAUUCGUGAUCCGCCGCCGCACAACACACGCAGGCAUGGCAUGACCAAUCUACUGCACCGUGCCACCAGCAAGAACGAGAACAAAGUGGUCUUUGAGCUGCUCAAGUGUGGCUACCGCAACUUCGAUGCCAAGAAUCAGCAUGGACAGACGGCCCUCCAUCUGGCUGCGCUGCACUGUGAUGAGGACAUCCUGAAACUGUUGCUGGACGCGAAAGUACAGGUCAAUAGCUCAGACUCCUUCGGAUGCCAGCCGUUGCAUUAUGCUGCUCGGAACAAGCCGGCCAGUUUCAUACGCACCCUGAUCUCUGCCCAGGCCAAUGUCCAGGGCAGAAACUUAGAGAAUGGAUUCGUACCGCUGCACGAGGCAGCCAAGCACGGCAAUCUGGAGGCUGUCCGGGAACUGUUGCUGGCCGAAGCUCCCCCGCUGCCGCGCACCAGCUCUGGCGAGUUUCCCUUCGAUCUGGCCAAAGAAGCGGGACAAUCAACCGUCGAGCAAUUUCUGCUCAACUACAAGCUGCCGCCUGCAAGCACCACCAGAGAGCAGUGGUAUCAUGGAACGCAGACGAGAGAUGAGGCCGUGGCCACACUUACGCAAUAUGCCAAGGAACUGUUGGCCAAGCAGCCCGGUGUCGACACCUCUGGCUGUUUCCUUGUGCGCUAUUCCGAGUCCCCGGCGGCGUCUGGUUUGGUAUUGACCCUUCUCAGUGAUCAGGUGGUGAAAAACUUUCGCAUAUCGCAGGCUUAUCUCUACACGAACGGUGUCAAAGUGCAGUCUGAUGAGCAGAAAUUCGUGUUCAUCGAUGACGGUCCCUACUGGCCCAGCCUGGAGCAUCUGAUAGCCAACUUCAUGCGCUUCUCGUAUGGCCUGCCGGUUAGCCUUAAGUAUGCCGUGCCGCCCAAGCCGAAGCCGGAGGUUCCCUCAUUUGCCACCAUACCACGUUCUACCGUGAAGCACAGGACGACGCCCCCAGUGACGCCGCCUUCUCCUUCGACCAAUCAGCAUGUCCCCGCCUUGUCCAUCACGAAGAAGAAGCAAAAGGAGAACAGCAGCUUCGUAUUCAACACUCUGCGCCUGACGAACCCCAGAAAGGCUCUGUUCGACAUGAACAGCCUGCGCAAGAGCAAAUCCAAGAACAAACGAUCCGAGUCCGAGAGCAGUGUAAGCGGAUCGCUGGCCAAGACGGAGCGGGAGCAGGAACUCCAGGCAGCUGCUCCAAUGCUCAAAAGUCUAUCGUUCUCGACGGAGUUUUCCAACUUCAAUGUGGCUGCAGAUGGAACAGGAGCAGCAGCCGACGGAGAGCUGUACAAUGUCCCCAGGAACAAUACGCCAAUCGAGAUUGACUUGCCUCCAAUUGCCCAAAAGACUGAAGCAGAAGUUGAGUAUUUCACCAAGAGCGAUGUGGCCAUUGAGCGGGAGCGUGCCGGCCAGUGGAACGUCACUGGGUAUCAGCAUACCGUUGAUGUGGUCUGUAUGUUUGAUCAACCGAUCAAGACUCUGCCACCGGCGGCGACGCGCCUUAAUUCCCUCAUCUCUACCGGCUCCACUGAGAGCGAAAUGGCUGGCUACCUGCAACGGAAGUGCAGCGAAACUCCAACCACGCCCACUUCAGCCGCUUUGGAGGCGGCAAAGCUGAGAUUUUUCAUCGACAAAGAGAAUCUACUGGUGGAGAAUGAAAUCGGCCACGGGGAGUUCGGCUCUGUGCACCGGGGCUGGCUAGUGAAGAAAAGCAGUGAGGGCGGCGGUUCCAUGGAGUCGUCCCGCCAGGAGGUGGCCAUCAAAAUGCUGUGCGAUGAGCACAGCAACAAGCAGGAGUUUCUGCGCGAAGCCUCUGUGAUGAUGCGCCUGGAGCACAACUGUAUUGUGCGUCUCAUUGGCAUAUCGAAGGGGGAUACGCUGAUGAUGGUUCAGGAGCUGGCUCCCCUGGGCUCCAUGCUGCAGUACAUACUCGAUCACAGCGCAGAGAUCACGGCCAACACAGAGCUGAAGCUGUGGGCAUCUCAGAUUGCUUGCGGCAUGCAUUAUCUGGAAUCUCAGCAUUUUGUACACCGUGAUCUUGCUGCCAGGAAUAUUCUGCUGACCGCUCGCCAGCAGGCGAAGAUCAGUGAUUUUGGAAUGUCGCGCUCCCUGAGGCCCGGCAGCACUGAGUACCAGUUCACACAGGGGGGUCGGUGGCCGAUACGUUGGUACGCCCCGGAGAGCUUCAAUCUGGGCGUCUUCUCGCAUGCCAGUGACGUGUGGUCGUUCGGCGUGACAAUCUGGGAGAUGUUUGCUUUGGGAGCACCUCCCUACGGCGACAUCUCCAAUGUGGAUGCCAUCAAGCUGGUGGACAGUGGAGAGCGUUUGCCCCAGCCCGAUCUCUGUCCUGCCUAUAUCUAUGCAGCAAUGCUAAGCUGCUGGAAGGAGCAUCCCAAGGACCGACCAACCUUUGCCUAUCUAAUGGAGUUCUUCACCCGCGAUCCCGACUACCAAAACCUGCCCGAUUUGGUGCAAACCGUUCAUAUAUAGCUCGACUCCCCUCCCUGAGUGGACUCCACCUUCGUCCUUCUAUUUUAAAGUGCAAUUUUUUAAUGUUUUUAUCUUUUGUGUUUGGUCCUUUACUCUCAUAUUUAUUGGAGUAUUAUGAUUUAUCUAAUGGGGCUCGCAAACUGCGAUUGUUAUCCCCUUCUUUUCGUUUCCCCUGCACAAAGAGUAUUUCGCGAGUCCCGAUUUAUGUAUAUGCAUGUAUGUAUAAUCUGUAAUAAUCGUACAAAAAAUGUGUCAAUUGAAAGUGCCUUAAAAGAUUUAUAAAAUUAAUUUUUAUAUUAACAUUUACAAAUCAUUAUUUGGUUGGCACUGAUAUUGUUGCCACUAUUUAUUCACUCACACUCCACGAACCACAUGGUUUUUUGUUCAAUGAAUAAUAUGAAGAUAAUAUUGCAUUUAAUAUCGUUGAUGCUAAUUGCACACCUAUUACUAUUGUUUCAAUUGCCAUGCAGCGAUGCCAAGAGUAUCUCCAUUGUUCCAAACUACCAGGAGAUCGCAGGCAAAAACUCUUCCAGGAACUCCACCCACAAUGCACUCGACCAGAAGACAAACUCCACCAGCAGAAGGCCUCCAACUUCAUCCGAUGCCCGUUCUGCUACUGCUCCGGCACCCGUCGUCAGCAUUAAGCGAAUUAAGCGAGCCAGGACAGAUCUGCCAAAAUAUACAUUCACGUUCGAUCAGGCGCACUUGCCCUGCGACUAUGACGUUAGCGGAUCAUAUAAAUUUAUGGAUGAUUUUCCCAAAUACUGCAGAGAUUCGUAUGAGCAAAGAUUCAUGAGUGAGGCGGAAUAUCGCAUGUACAUGCUGUAUCAAACGGAAGGCUUCUUCUUUGGCCAGUACCAUGAGCGCAUGAUACGCUUCGAGAAAGAUGUCCACACUUUUGAUUACACGGACACGGGCUUUUAGGUAUUUAUAUGUGUUGCUGUUUGUAGCAAUUAAAUUAUCGGUUGACAGUG